UCUGCGCUUCUUCCGCAGCACGCCACCCAUCCCAUCCACUCCACAUCACACCACACCACGCUCCGCUGCCAGUCCACCACCGCCCCCAUCCCCGGUCAGAUGGCGCCUCCGUCUUCUUCGUCGUCGGCGUCGUCGUGGGUCAUCCUGGGCAGCAUCCCGCGCGUCUCCAACCUCCCGGCGGACGAGGGCGACGUCUCCGUCGCGCUCGCGGCGCCGCCGCGCGUCUCGAUCCUCACCGUCUCCCCGCGCGUCUUCCCGGCUCGCCCCACGCCCCACUACUUCCCCUUCGUCCUCGCCGCCGACCCUUCCGGCUUGCUCCUCCUCCAGGCCAACCAGGGCUGCCCGGCCACCCGUGAAGUCGUCGACCACCCCGGCCACCAGUCCUCCUGCUGGAAGUUCAGCAAGCCGCACUACUUCGUCCUCGACGCCGCCACCUCCUCCUCCGCGUUCCACCUCCCCGACCCCUCCAGGACCAACAUCCUGCACCAGGCCAUGCUCGGCCUUCUCGUCUCCCCUGCCGGCGCCGGCCACUUCAUGGUCGCGGAGCUCCGGCCCAUCAUCGGCAGCGACAAAGCCGAUCUCCUCUGCUUCUCCACAGAGGUCGGGGAGUGGGUGGAGAAACCCGUGCAUUACCCGCUCCCGCCGCGCCCGCUGGCUCCCAUCGGCGUGGUCUCGCACCAUGGCAGGCUCUGGUGGGUCGACCUCUCAUGGGGCGUCAUCCACUGCGACCCCUUCGCCGACCACCCGGUCCUGGGCUUCGUCCCGUUCCCGCCGGACAGGGUGCUCGAGUGCAGGGAAGGGUGGGGAGUCAGCGACAACUACCGUUGCGUGGGGGUGAGCGGCGGCAAGCUGCGGUUCGUGGACACGUUCAUGAGCCGGCGUGCUGGCGGCGGCGCUCCGACCGUCAGCGUGUGGACUCUGGCCGAUCCAGACUCCAAUUUGUGGGCUCUGGAGCACGAGGCGACGUUCGCGGACAUCUGGGCCGAUGACAGCUACAAGGCCACCGGGCUGUCCAGGAAGAUCCCCACGCUUGCCACCAUCCACCCCAACAACCCCGCCGUGGUGUACUUCUUCCUGGAGGAGCACCUCUUCGGUGUGGACGUGCGUGCUCGCAAGAUCGUGGAGUGCGAGAUCUACGGCCUCGUUGCGCCGCCCAGCCUCUGCAUCGCCUCUCGCUUCGUUCGGCCUUGGGUGCUGCCGCGGGCACUCUCCUCUGCAGGGAACUGGUCUAAUGGCCUUUCCCCGGCUGAAAGUGCUAAUGCACGGCCAUACCAGCCAUCGCCUGGGGACUACCACUUGGUUGGAGAGAGCAGGCAGACAUUCAUUGGAUGAAUUGGAGGAAGCAAGUGUUUUUGGCUAACAGUCUCCUACCUAGGCGUAGUACUGAACUCAAGUUAUGGAGUGAUCUCAGGGGAUAGGCAUGAUACCUUCUUACUGUCCUGGUGGCGAUGUGGCAUGCGUGUUUUGGCAUCGUGACGCAAAUGAAUGCAGCUCAACAGGUCUCCUUUGUUUUAUGUCUGAUCGAUUAGAUGGUGAAAUGCUGCUGGACCACUACUAUGUAUCGGUUACUUGCUUAUUAUUAUUCCUAGCUUCUUGGA